GGCGCAUUGAGGCACCUAAAAAAUCAUCCGAGGAAGAAAAAGGCGGAAGUUAGCGACGGGUCAAAAAAAAAGGCAAUUUUCCGGAAUAGCCCGAAGCUAAAAUCUCUUCCAUAAGGACGAGAAGUGUAACCGACUGAAAAAAAAUCAUUCAAAAUGUUUAAGGAGUUUAUAAAGGAGCGACUAAUGGUGGCAGCCGAUGAGAUAAUCGCGCUGUUUGAAAGAACGAUAGUGUCGUACGAGGAAGAACUUUCUCGAACAAAAGAGAAUGAGCGACACCGACAACAACUGGAAGCUUUUAGCAAGACUCAAACUGUGCUACACGAUGAAGGCGUCCAGAAGCACGUUAAAGUGGAAGACGAGGAACUGUGGGUCACUCAGGAGGAAGAGUGUCAACUCGGGCCGGAGGAAGCUGAUCUCGCCAAGUUGCCACUGACUGUUGUCUCUGUGAAGGCUGAAGACGAAGACAAACCGCAAGCAGACAACUUUUUAGCUCCGCUAUCAGAUCACGACGAAGCAACGUCACACUCUCCUGUGGAUGAGGACAGGGAUGACACCCAGGAACCUUUGAGCAGCGAUACAGACUUUGAAGGUGAUAAGAGGACUAACACUAACAACAUACACUCUGAAAGGGAGACCAGGAAAGAAGAUUUGGCCUGCCCAGUUUGUGCCAAGAGCUUUUGUAAAAAGAGCGCUUUCACGCGACACAUGCGCACACACACGGGCGAAAAACCCUUCAGUUGCUCCGUUUGUGAUAAAAGAUUCUCCCAAAAGGUAAAUAUGGACGCACACAUGAGGACGCACACGGGAGAAAAACCCUUCAGAUGCUCACUUUGCGACAAAAGAUUCUCUCACAAUAAAAGCGUGAUAUCGCACAUGAGGUCGCACACGGGCGAAAAACCUUUCAGUUGCUCCAUUUGCGGUAAAACCUUUUCUUACAGAUACAGCUUGACCCAACACUUGCGGAAACACACUGGAGAAAAACCCUUUCGAUGUCUAAUCUGCGGUAAAAGCUAUUUUCAAAAGAAAAGUCUGACAACGCACCUGCUGUCACACGAGGGACAAUACACGUUUUCCUGAUCAGUUUCUCCACCGAGCACAAAGUCAAUAUUUUGCUUGAGGAUCACAUACUAAUUUCCUUCAAGCAAAUAUUUAAUCAUUUUGAAUUUUUACUAACAAAAUGUUUCCAGUCUGUCUUUCUCUAACACAAUAAGCCCACUAGAAAAUGUACAACUGUUGAUAUUCUUGUAAGGGGGUAAUCUGCCUAUGAAAUACUUGCGGAGCUCUCAACAGUUAGGGGUGUAACGGUACACAAACAUUUCGGUUCGGUACGUACUUCGGUUUAGAGGUCACGGUUCGGUUCAUUUUUGGUACAGUAAGAAAACAACAAAAUAUAAAUUUUUUGGUUAUCUAUUUACCAAAUUUGUAAACAAUGGCUUUAUCCUUUUAACAUUGGGAACACUAUAAUCAUUCUGCCCACGUUAUUCAACAUUAAACUGCCUCAAGUUGUUGCUCAGAUUAAAUAAAAUGACAAAACUUUUCUUCUACAUAUAAAAAGUGAAACAUAAAACAGUUUCAAGUCAACUCAUCAUGCUUAAUUUAUUACAGUAUUUAAGAAGCCUGUAGUUGAUUUGUAUUAUGUAAAUGUUAUAUUUUUAUCAACAUGUGAUAGCAGGGACCCUGCCAUUCAAAACCAGGCUGCUCCAUUACUAAUGACUAAUGUAACUAUAGCUGAAAAAAUGGUACAAUAGCAAUAGGAGAGACUAUUCAUCCCUGAACACCAUGGAGUUCAUGUAGGCUUAAUGAUGCAGUUACAUUAUUAUAUCAACUAUCAGAGACAGAAACUCUUCAUUUAACAUAAUGUCCUUAUUUGCGGCUUCAACACAGCUCAAUCAACACAGAAAAAGGUAAAGUGAAAUAACAGACAGACAGGGCUUUGCUGUCCGUAACACACACACCGCAAAUUGACCUAACGUUACGCUAAAAGCUAAAUAGCCUUUACCUCAAUCCAGGACUGCGAGCUAGUUAAGCUACCGUUUAUGUUUCUAGAACGUCAACGGGCUCAUAGUGAUGUUACUAGUAGUUGACUGGGAGGUGUUUACUAUAAUUUGGGGAGAGUCCGCUGCCUGAUGCUUACCUGCUAAACACCUACCUGCUCAUCAUGACGCUGGAGCGCUCUGAAUACGCACUGCUGAUUGACUUUUACCGCUCUUAUUGUAACCAAUCAGAUGGUUGUGUGGGUGGGGCAAUGCUGGGUGCUGUGUAGAGGACUGACAGAGACAGAGGCAGAACGAAGUGGAGCAGCUUGUUAAGACUUCAGCUUAGGCGGCUACUUAAUAUGUUCGUGUGGAAACUCGUUCUGUACACCUCCGAACCGAACCGAAACCCCCGUACCGAAACUGUUCAAUACAAAUACACGCACGUUACACCCCUAUCAACAGCAGAACGGAAGUAUCUGGUCUGAGUGGGCAGACUCAACUUGUGUUUUCCGGACCAUCUGAUCACCUGCAAGUGAUCACCCGGGAUGAUCUUAAGAAGGCUCUAAAAAUAUGAUCAAGCCAAAGGCAAGGCUGUUGCAUUAAAAUAGUAAAACACAGAACUGAUGGCGGACAUUCGCAAGACUGCAAGUGGAACCUGACAAUUGCAAGAUCAUGUAUAAAUUUAAGUCUGAUAGAGACAUGAACGAGAUUAGUUUGAUGACAUUGGUUAAGGGGUUAAAGAAGGACAUUGGAGAGGUGAAGAUAGUGAAAGUGCUAAGGGACGGAAGCCUUUUGAUUAACCCUUGUGUGGUGUUCGGGUCUGUGGGACCCGUUCUCAUUUUUUAUUAAAAGAAAAAAUUAUACAAUGAAUUAAUUUUUCAAACUGAGACUCACUGACUUUGGCUCAUUUUCUGUGAAGAACAUGUAUCAGAAUACAUAUUUAAUGACCACACACCAUACACCCCCC